CAGGCUCGGAAGGCGCAGUUGGAGGCGCAGACUGGAGCUCCGUUCCUCACUCGUCCGGCGUUGCUCUAUUGGAGAUGGCUCUCCCCGUGGCCUUGGUCCUGCUCGGACUGCUCUCUCUAUCUGGCCUGGACGCCCUCCAACGUGCUCCGAAGAUUCAAGUUUACUCGAGGCAUCCAGUGGAGAAUGGAAAGCCAAAUUUCCUUAACUGCUAUGUAUCUGGGUUCCAUCCACCCCAGAUUGAAAUUGACUUGUUCAAGAACGGAAAGGAGAUGAAAACAGAGAAGUCAGACCUGUCUUUCAGCAAGGACUGGUCUUUCUAUCUUCUGGCGCAUGCAAAUUUCACUCCCAGUGCCGAAGAUGUGUACACCUGCGUUGUGAAACACGUUACCCUGAAUCAACCCAAGAUAGUUAAGUGGGAUCAGUAUAACUAAGCAUCAUCGGGGAGGUUGGAAGAUUCUUCUUGUGGAUUGAACUAAUUUCAUAUUGCUUUUUUUCUUUUUAAUGCUUUUAUGUUAUUAUGUUUUAUGCACACAAGUUAAAAAAAAUACUAUGUUAAUACAAAUACAAUCUUUACACAUUUACUUUAGGGUCUCUGUCUCCUGGGUUGACCUAUUUGAUCAGGGGGUCCUUGACAGCUUUCAGAUGGAGAGGAAAGGAGGGAAUUCAACAUUGGCCUUAUGAAAAAAUUUUUAUAAAAUUCAUGUUUCCCUCAAUCUGUGUUGCCUGUAUUUUGAUAAUUUUUUUCUUCAUCAAUUAAAACAAUGGUAAAACUUGA